CCUGCGCCCCCCGCAGCCUUCCAGUACCUCCAGCUCAACCUGUCCCAGCUGCUGAAGGCCUCCUGGGUGCGGACAGUCCUCCUGGGUGUGGUGGAGCAGCAGCUCCAGAAUGAAGUGUUCGCGGCCGAGAUGGAGCGGAAACUGGCCCAGCUGCUCAGCGAGGUGUCCCCCCGGAGGCGGAUGUGGAGACGGGCCACGGUCGCAGCGGGCAGCGGCGUGGUGCAGGUGGUGAACGUGUCCCGCCUGGAAGGGGAGGACGACCCGGCGCAGCUCAUCUACUUCGUGGAGGACCCCGAUGGCGAGCGGCUCAGCGCGGUCAGGUCGUCCGACCUCAUCAACAAGAUCGACAUCCAGCGCGCGGCCAUCAUCCUGGGGUACCGGAUCCAGGGCGCCGUGGCCCAGCCGGUGGACAGGGUGAAGCGUCCGGUCCCCGAGGCCCAGAGCAGCAACCUGUGGGUCAUCGUGGGCGUGGUCAUCCCGGUGCUGGUGGUGCUGGUCAUCCUGGUCAUCCUCUACUGGAAGCUGUGCCGCACCGACAAGCUGGACUUCCAGCCCGACACCGUGGCCAACAUCCAGCAGCGCCAGAAGCUGCAGAUCCCCAGCGUGAAGGGCUUCGACUUUGCGAAGCAGCACCUGGGCCAGCACAGCAAGGACGACAUCCUCAUCGUGCACGAGCCCGCGCCGCUGCCCGCCCCCGGGAAGGACCACCCCACCCCCUCGGAGAACGGAGACGUGCCCAGCCCCAAGGCCAAGCUGGCUCCCAAGACGGCCCGCCACCGGGGAAGAGUGUCGCCCUCGGAUGCCGACUCGACCGUGAGUGAAGAAUCCAGCGAGCGGGAGGCUGGAGACAAGGCGCCGGGCGUGGUGGCCGACGGCAAGUUGCACCGAGCACCGCCGAGCGGGCCGCCCCCGCCCAGCUCGGCCGCCGAGCCGCACUCCUCCGCCUCCAUCUUCGAGCACGUGGACAGACUCUCCCGCUCCUCAGAGGCCAGCCGGCGGGUGCCCAGCAAGAUCCAGCUCAUCGCCAUGCAGCCCAUCCCCGCGCCCCCCCUGCAGCACCCCGCCCUGGCCGACCGCGCGGCCGAGACCAGCAAGAUCAACAAAGAGAUCCAGACGGCGCUGCGCCACAAGUCGGAGAUCGAGCACCACCGCAACAAGAUCCGCCUCCGCGCCAAGCGCCGCGGCCACUACGAGUUCCCGGUGGUGGACGACCUGUCCUCGGGGGACACGCGCGAGCGCCACCGCGUGUACCGCAGGGCGCAGAUGCAGAUCGACAAGAUCCUGGAUCCCACGGCCAGCGUGCCCUCGGUGUUCAUAGAGCCGCGCAAGAGCUCGCGGCUCAAACGCUCCCCGAAGCCACGCCGGAAACACCAGGUCAACGGCUGCCCCGGGGAUGCCGAGAAGGACCGGCUCAUCACCACGGACAGCGACGGCACCUACAAGCGGCCGCCCGGCGUCCACAACUCGGCCUACAUGGGCUGCCCGUCGGAUCCUGACCUCCCGGCCGAGGUGCUGACGCCAUCCUCGGCCGAGCUGGGCCGCUACCCCGGCCCACCCUUCCCGGCCUCGCAGUACGUCCCGCCGCGGCCGUCCAUCGAGGAGGCGCGCCAGACCAUGCACUCCCUCCUGGACGACGCUUUCGCCCUGGUGGCGCCCAGCAGCCAGCCCCCCAGCGCCGUGGCAGCCGGCCCCGGGGCCCCCGCCAGCCUGCCUGUCAGCGGCACCCCUUCCCGCGAGGAGCGGCGAGGCGCCCAGUGGGGGUCCUUCUACAGCCCUGCCCAGACGCCCGCCAGCAACCCCUGCAGCAGGUACGAAGACUACGGAAUGACCCCGCCUUCCGGCCCGCUGCAGAGAGCAGCCCUCGGGCCCGGGCUGCUGCCGUCCUCGGAGCUGGCGUCCCCCGAGCCCCCGCAGCCGCAGGCCUCCGCUGACGCGCCCUUUGCUGCCCGAGGGAUGUACCCUGAGGAGAUGCCGUCGGUGGCCCGGCCUCGGCCCGUUGGGGGAACCACAGGCUCCCAGAUCCAGCACCUGACGCAGGUGGGCAUCGCCAGCAGGAUCGCCGCACAGCCGGUGGAGGUGGCGCCCGGCCGAGGCGGCCAGUUUGGGGCCGGCUGGGCCUCGUAUGGGGAGGAGCCGGCGGGCCGCAGAGACGCCACGCACAUGCUGGGACCCCAGGAGUAUCCGUCUUCGCCGCUGUUCCAGGUGCCAAGGACUUCGGGCCGGGAGCCCUCGGCUCCCCCCGGGAACCCGCCGCCUCGGGGGCUGGCCUACCCCACCAGCUCCACGGAGGACCUGCAGCCCGGCCACUCGUCGGCCUCCCUCAUCAAAGCCAUUCGUGAGGAGCUACUGCGGCUCUCCCAGAAGCAGGGCGCCGUGCAGAACUUCCACAGCUGAGCGGCCGGCCCAGCCGCCCACUAUCUGCUUCCCGUGGAAGCAAGAGCGGAAGGGGGUGGGGGCUGUCAGGGGUCGGCCCCCCCACCAGGGCCUCCCUCCGGCCCCGGGGCCCCUGCAGAUGAGACGCAGCGUCUUGGCUUGGUACUUGCGGCCAGCGGCCGGCGGCGGCUGCCCCAGGGACGGGGGCGAGACUGAGGGGCUCCUCCGAGGCCGAAGCAGACAGGGGCCGGAGGUGACGGAACCCCAGCAGGGCGGGCCCUGGGCUGGCUGGACUGGACGAGGCCCUGCCCCUGGCCUCGCUGAGAAAGGGAUUUGAAGACAUCCCGCUCCCAGUGCGGUUCCCCCUGGGCCUCCGCAGGAACUGACUGUCCUGGGACCGUGUAACGGCACCUGUCGGGGGAAUCUAAGCAGCACCUAGUGAGAAACCAAAACCUCGACGGCCGAGCCUGCCCGCGGCCGCCCGCACCCUCCUUCCGGCGCUGCUCGGGCCCAGCCACCCGUGACACGGGGCUUUUCCGGGGGUGAGGAUGUCGCAGGGUUCGUUUUUUGUCUAGAAAGAGAAAAAGGGGGAAAGGAAAACUCCCAAAUUGGGGGCGGGGAGGGCGGGGGCGGGGGGAAGCAACGGUUCAUAUUUAUUUGGUCGUCCCAAAUACAGACGGAAGUUUAGAUUCACCUCCGCAGUCGUCUUUGCUGUUCCUUAGCUGGGCGCGGGGCCCCGUUCUGCUAACCCGCGUGGCCGGGUGCCCACCCUCGGGCCAGUCACGCUCGUGUCCGGGAGCCCGGGGACCAGCCCGAGGUCGGGACUUCCCACCCGGGCCCCCUCCCCCCUCCUCAGGUCCGGAACUGGGGCUGCAGCGGAGCUCACUGGCGCUGCUCUGUGACGGCGCACGGAGGGGGCGGGCCACACUGCGCCGCGCACGGCUGGGCAGGGGGGCAGUGGGGGCGUCUCACCGGGGGCUCCUGCCACACCCGACACCUUCGCCGCAGGCUCGGGAACAGUCCGGCCAGAACCCCGCCUCCUGCCCGGCGCAGGGACAGGGCUUAGGUUUCCGUGGCUUAGGUUUCCGAGCCGUGAGGUCAGUGGAUGCUUGAUUUAAGAUGAGAGGCGGAAUCGAGGACUCGGUCCAAACCUAUGUCGAAUUUUAAGAAUCCCCAAGCUGCUAAGAUGGGUUCCCAGACUGUUGUCCCUGGGCACCAGACUCGGCUUUCCUCGGGCCUUCGGCUAAGCAUGCUAAGGCGCCCAGAGAAGGCGGUUGGUCCCGUCAUCAUGCCCUGAAGGGGAGGGAGGUGCGGGGGGGGGGGGGCCUCAGAACCCGACUCUCCCAGGCUGGUUCCUCUCCUCUGCCCGGUGUCCUCGCAGCGGGAGGGUCUCUGUGACCCUCUCAAAGCCCAGGCGUCCUACGUGCUGACAGCUGAGGACCCCCAAGCUGAGUUUUCUUCCAGGUUCCUUGCAGUGACGUGAAGCUGUGGGGCAGCCCCGGCACACAUCUUGGCACGUGGGGGGUGUGUGUGUGUGUGUGUGUGUGUCUGUGUGUCUGUGUGUGUGCUGGGAGCAGGGGCUGCUGAGCAGGCACAUUUGCUGCACACGUGGCCGAAGCAGGCUCUGGAAGCGGAUGCUUCUCAGGCCGCAUGAAGGGAUCCUCCUCAUCUCGUUCUUCCGAGCACCGACACUGUGCAGUUGUCAAGACCAAAGGGGACACAUACGUGUGGGCAGGCCUGUGCCUCCCUAUGCCCUGCGUGGCGCCCAUCUCCCUCCCGCACCUCAGCAGCCAGUGUCGAGGUCACCAGGCUCAGACCAGACCAGCCGCAGGGGGCAGCAGCUCACCCCAGGGCUCUUCGGACCCUUGCUGAAUCGAGGGACACGAGCUCCCGUCCACCGGGCGUGGCUUUAGUGUCCGCAUAUAGAAGCGUUUCGGAUGUUUCUCCAGUGUAGACGGCCACGGCUACGCCGCCUCUCACCCACCUCCAAAGUCCUGGUGGCAACAGACAGGCUGUGACUUGGGAUCAGUUCUGGGGUAGUUGGGGCGAAGGGUGGAAUCCAGAGCCCUCGCUGUCACACAGAGGCUGGGCUAGGGCCCUCCUCGGUGCCUCGCUCCAACACAGCCAGGUGAGAGUGAGCACGUGCACACACACACACACAUGCACACAUGUGCCAUGCACAUGUGCACAUGCACAUGCACACAUGCACAAACACGUACAUACACACAUGGAGGCCUAUGUGCAUACCGCAUUGGAGGGAGGAGCUCAGAACUGGGCAACGGGGAAUGUCGCCUCCCCUGGCCAGGACGGACAGGGCCUUACUUUGGUCUCCAGCAGGCGAGGGCGGGGUGGUCAAUUUAGUGUCCCAGGGACUCCCUCCCCAGCUCUGUCCGGCUUUAUGUUCCUGUCAUUCCUGUCAUGGGGAGGCUCCUCCCUCCUGGCGGUCUGCCGGCCCCAGCACCUCAUGCGUCAGCAGACAGGAAGCUGCCUUCCGAGCUGCAAGUCAGCACCGGGGGGGCGUGCAAGAGAGAAUGUAGGUGGGCAUCAGGGCUAGAGCUGCAAGGCGGGCGCAGGAGCACAGUGAAGGGCAGCAGUUCCUGCUGACGGGUGCUGGAAGGGGCUGAAGGACUGGCGGCGCAGGGUCCUUGGGAGAAGGGGGAGAUGCGUAUGGGGAGAUGGGUCUUGGGGAGAAGCAGCUUCCGGUCUUGUUGUCAUGGUGACCGAGGUGUGGUCCAGCUGGGGGUGAGCGACUGGGAAGAGCCAAGAGGGGCCAGGAAAGCUGCAGCAAGCGCCCCCCCCCCCUGGAGUGCACUUGAUCCAUCCUUUGGGGGUGGGGGGCUGCCCUCACUUCACGGUUGAGUGAGUUUAUCUCUGGGGCAAGGGCAGAGUGGAGAGUCGGGCAGCCCAGCGGGGUCUGACCCGGUCUGCAGAGCAGAGCGUUGGCUCCGUAAGCGUCGGCGUCUGCCCAGCUCUGCGUCUUCCUUCAGAGUGAGCGGGUGUGGGUGAGACCCCGGAGCAGGGCCAAGGGGACGUUCCCCGGGGAAGCUUUGGGGCUACAGUUGGCGCUUCUGGGCCUCGGGGCCUCUGUGGAACUGUGCGUGGAGUCCAGGCUCCUGCCCUCCCCCGCACCCCUGCGCAGUGCUCCUGCGAGCCAGCCACUGCGGGGCUCCCUCUUGCUUGCGUGGCGAGGCCCAAGUUCACGGUUAUAUAAACUCAGCUGCCCUUUUGGUCGGGAUUCUUUGGCGUGGGUGAUGCGUUAUUUGGAAGGUUGGGGUGGAUUUGCUGGUUACGGUUUUGGCCCGGGGGCGAAGGGCAAGAGACCGGCUCACUUUUGCCUCCGAGAGUGAGUCUCCAAAGCCGGUGCCCAGGACCUGCGGAGUCGCUGGGUCCCAGGCAGGGGGGCCCCCCCCGGCCACCCUGUCCCUGAGGGGGGAGCACUUGGCUCCGCCCAGCAUUCUGGUCCCGGGUGAGGGGGAGCUCAGACAACGUCAGCUUGUCUGAGGGGACAACGUCCCCAACGCCUUGGGGACGCGGAACGUGUGGGUCUCGUGUUUCUUCUUCUCUCCUGGGGCUGAUUCUCGCCGUCGGGCAAGGGGCUCCCUUUCCAGUUCUGAAAAAGACUUGGGAACGGGACCCUCAUGGUACGACCCUCAUUCCAUACCCGCAGUGCACAUGACCUUUGACCUUAACACAGCAGCACUGACAUUCAGGUUGGUUCCUUGCCUUUGGAGGCACCGAGCACCAAGGAACCAGCCAGCGAACAGGGAAGGAGCAAAUGUCUCUAUCGUCGGCGCGCGUCCGAAUUCCUUUCCCACCCUGGUCGAUCAGGAUGAAGCUCCUUGCCCUUUCCCCUUUCAUCUCCGUGUGUGUGUGUGUGUGUGUGUGUGUGUGUGUGUGUGUGUGUGUGUAGGGAGGGAGUGGUAAGGGUCCACUUCAGAUUUAAGAAAGAAUACGAAUUUUUUUUAAAAAGUAGGGGGAGGUACUGGGGCGAUAGUAUAGCGGGUUGGGCACUUGCCUUGUAUGCAGCCAACCCGGUUUGAUCCCUGCUACCACAUAGGGCCCCCCUGCCCCCCCAGGAGUGAUUCCCGAGUGCAGAGCCAGGCGUAAGCCCUGGGCACUGCCAGGUGUGGCCUCCAAAAACAAAUAUAUAAAGGAUCUGGGUCCACAGAAUCCUCCCUGGCACCGACAAGUGUCGUGAGUGGUCUCAUCUCGUGCCACUGGACUGUGGGCACUCAUGGUUGGAGCCCCUGCUAGUUUGGCAGCAGGACCGGGCCAGGGCCAACCUCCUUCCUGGUCCUUUUCCUCCUGCAGUGGCAGGAAAGGAGGAGGCAGCAUUACUCAGCCAGUGCCGGGGGAUGCGGAAAGGGACCUCUUCUCUUUUUCCUUGGGGGUCACACGCCGUGAUGCUCAGGGGUUACUCCUGGCUCUGCACUCAGGAAUCACUGCUGGCGGUGUUCGGGGGGUGCUGGGGAUUGAACUCUGGUGAGCCGUGUGCAAGGCAAACGCCCGACCUGCUAUACUAUUACCCUGGCCCUUGGGGGCCUGUCCUCUGACCAUCACCUAGAUCAGGACUUCCCAGUCAGGGGCUCUGGAAAAUUCCAGGGGCUGCUGGUAAAAAUUGCAUCGGUACUGUGGAGGGAGAAGGUAGCAGGAGACUGGGGGCCGGCCGGUAGGACAGAGUCCCCAGGAAGGAAACGAGGUCUGAAGGCGGCCACGUGGGGAAGGGCACUCUGGGCCCACGCGGGCGGGGCUGCUCCGGGUACCGCCUGCCCCCUCCCGCCUGGCCCAGGCUGACUGGGCCCUCCCGGCUCUCCCUGUGCGCUCACGUAGGAGAAUGCGCAGAGCGAAACUCAGGCACCAAAACUGUGGCUUGCACGUGACAAUCAUGGUUUGCUGGUCUCACACGGGCACUUCCGUUUCCGCCUGGGUCUUUGAUUUCACAGUCGAGCCCUUCCUCCUCGUGCGUUCGUCCGUUCUCUCUCUCCCCGCCGAUGAGCUGCACUGUUUUCUGAUGUGCUGUAGAGUUUUGGAAAUGAUUGAUGCCAGUGUUUUGGUCUUCCAAGUUUACGAUUUAUACAACUUUCCUAGCAUUUUCAACAUGAAACGUCAAUAAACGCUAUGACUUGGUG